AUGGAUGAUUCAAACUUCCAUGACGCUCCCGCAGAGCUUGUCUACAACAUGGAAGGGGACAAAAGAACGAACACCCAAGAAAACCAAGCAUGGUCCAACAAGGGGAAAGGGAUAUCCGAAGCACCCAAGGUUAGCUGGAAGGAGAAAACAAGUGAUGAAUGGAACAGGGGACCCGCCACCCGGCCGAACGCAAAUCGACCCCCAUGGAACCGACAAGAGCGCUUCAGUCGGGGACGAGAACCUUAUCCCCGAAGAACUGGACCACGUGAACCCUUAUGUUUCAACUGCAAUGGGCGAGGCCAUAUGUGGCGCCAAUGCAGCAAACCACUCAAAGACCGAUUCGUGCGGGCACAAGCACAAGACAAAGCACGAGAGACGCGGGCGCGAGAGACAAAGACUCCGCCCGGGACAACAACUGCUAAGCCAAAAACCUCGGGCUAA